UCUUUGACCUUCCGUCACGAGUGGCGGUGCGAGUGGCGCGUGCGGAGGCUAAUCCAAUCAGUUGCUCCCCCAACGUGGAGUAUCAACACUCGUCCAAUCACUACCCCACGCAUCAUUCAAGCAAGGUCAACUCCCAAGACUUCGUUGUCGACAAAGCCAUCGGAAAUUACUCAAAAUGUUGCUCGACGAAAAUCCCGGCACUCUCAUCCACCAUACCAUUGGGAAUUUCAAUAUCCAACCCGACAAACAAGCCGUCACUCGCAUCAAUGAUUCACUGGCUACUCUUCAGCAAUCACGCGAACUGCGCGUGCGAGAUGCCGAAUCCGCGCUACGAAAGCUCUCCCGACUCCUCCAUUCCCUAAACGCCCAGCAUGAAGAAGCCGUAUCGGCGCAUGACUCGGGCAAACACGCGGCAGAUAUGGUUGAACUGGACACAAAGAAGUUCCGCAUCGCGAAAGCGGCCACAGAGCUCGAGAUCGAGAGCGAAAGGCUGGAGAGCGAGCUGGAGAUGUUGAAGGAGCGGUUGGCUGAUUUGGAGGCUCAGGGUUUGGAAGGGGAUGAAAGCACAAGACGGGAGAGGGAGCUUGAUGACGCGACAAUCCUCCGUCUCAAAAUUUACCGCUCCCUCGGCGUGGAUAUCGAAGCCGACGACGCGGGCAAUUUCAACAAAGCUAUCAUCCGUAACAGUCGGAAAGGAGACGUGCAUGUUGUUAACAUUGAUCCCAAGUUCUCUCGGUUCUUCUAUUCCAACUACUUCUGGUCGACCUUGCAAGGUUAGCUAGAGAACGGUUUUGUUAUGGCACGGCGCUGGUGUUUGGGGGCGAUGCUAUGAUCUUGUUUUGCAUCGCCAGGAUAUACCCUGGGUUCUAUUGAAAACAAUGUACACUCUAUACAAAUACAUACAUAUUUACCUUCAGCGAUUCCUCACCGCUGCAGUUACAACCCGCGUUCG